CCGUGGCCGGUCGUAUAAGUGCGGCUGCGGCGGGGCCGGCUCGCCCUGCCCCAGGCCGGGGAGCGGGCGCGGGCAGAGCCGUCGGAGCCGCGGUUCAGGACGCGGACAGCGCAGCGGGGCUGAGGGCGGCGGGGCCAGCAGGGGGGGCCGGCGCGGGCGCCUCUCGCCGCCCGGCGGCUCAGGCGGGGCCAUGGCCGCGGGCGGGCGGGCGGCCGAGCAGCCGGCAGAGCUCAGCCACUACGUGGUGGCGCGGCCCAUCUACAGCGAGCCGGGCUUCCAGGAGGAGAACGAGCGGCGGCCGCCGCUGCCGCCCACGCUCCGCGAGCGGGCGCAGGCGGCCUGCAGGUGUUCUAGGAAAAGGGCCUUUCAAAUUGCCAAGUCCUUUCUGCCCAUCCUGGAGUGGCUGCCCAACUACCGGGCGAAAGAGUGGCUGAUCAGCGACAUCAUCUCGGGAGUCAGCACCGGCCUCGUCGCCACCCUUCAAGGUUUGGCAUAUGCUUUGCUGGUUGCAGUCCCUGUUGGAUAUGGUCUCUAUUCUGCUUUUUUUCCCAUCCUGACAUACUUUUUCCUCGGAACAUCAAGGCACAUCUCAGUUGGUCCAUUCCCUGUAGUCAGUUUGAUGGUGGGAUCUGUUGUAUUGAGCAUGGCCCCUGAUGAGCAUUUUCUCAUAGAAAGCAUUAAUGCUACAGGGACUAAUGCUACUGGGACACUGAUAGACACUGAAUCCAGAGAUGCACAGAGAGUGCUGAUUGCUAGUACUCUCACAUUCCUGGUUGGAAUUUUACAGGUAAUAUUUGGAGUCCUCCAGAUUGGUUUCAUUGUGAGGUACCUUGCAGAUCCACUGGUUGGGGGAUUCACAACUGCAGCUGCUUUUCAAGUGCUUGUGUCACAAUUGAAAAUAGUCCUGAACGUUUCGACUAAAAAUUAUAAUGGUGUCCUUUCCAUCAUAUAUACUCUUAUUGAAACAUUUGAAAAAAUUGGUACCACAAACAUUGCAGAUCUUAUUGCUGGACUCCUCACCAUUUUUGUCUGCAUGGUAGUUAAAGAACUCAAUGAUCGGUUCAAACACAAGAUACCAAUACCUAUACCAAUAGAAGUUAUUGUGACAAUAGUAGCCACUGGCAUUUCAUAUGCUGCCGACUUGGAAAAAAAAUACAAUGCAGGCAUUGUUAAGAGCAUUCCAAGAGGAUUUUUGCCUCCCGAACCUCCAAAAGUCAGCCUGUUUUCCCAGAUGAUAGCAGCCUCCUUUUCCAUUGCUAUUGUUGCUUAUGCUAUUGCCGUAUCUGUGGGAAAAGUAUAUGCAACCAAGUAUGACUAUGCUAUUGAUGGAAACCAGGAAUUUAUUGCCUUUGGGAUCAGCAACAUUUUUUCAGGUGCCUUUUCUUGUUUUGUUGCAACUACUGCUCUUUCACGGACCGCAGUCCAAGAAAGUACCGGUGGAAAGACUCAGGUUGCUGGUAUAAUCUCAGCUGGGAUUGUUUUGAUUUCUAUUGUUGCCCUGGGGAAAUUGCUGGAGCCCUUACAAAAGUCUGUGUUGGCAGCUGUAGUCAUAGCUAACUUGAAAGGGAUGUUCAUGCAAGUGUUUGAUGUUCCGCGUCUGUGGAGACAGAAUAAAGUGGAUGCUAUGAUCUGGGUUUUUACUUGUAUAGCAUCCAUCGUUCUGGGACUUGAUUUGGGAUUACUUGCUGGCCUUUUGUUUGGAUUGCUGACAGUUGUGCUGAGAGUUCAGUUUCCUUCAUGGGGAGGCUUUGGAAACAUUCCUGGCACAGACAUCUACAAGAAGGUCAAGGACUACAAAAAUGUUAUAGAACCAGAAGGUGUGAAGAUUCUCAAGUUUGCAAGUCCAAUUUUUUAUGCUAACAUUGAUGGACUGAAAAGCAGCCUCAAAUCCACAGUGGGAUUUGAUGCAGUCAAGGUAUAUAAUAAGAGACUCAAAGCACUGAGGAAAAUACAAAAGCUAAUCAAGAAGGGAAAAUUAAAAGCUACUAAGAAUGGCAUCAUCAGUGAACCUGGUAUUAAUAAUGAAGCUUUUGAGACUGAUGAGGAUCCUGAAGACAACCAAGAUCUUCAAGUUCCCACCAAAGAAGUAGAGAUCCAGGUGGACUGGAAUUCAGAACUGCCAGUCAAAGUAAACAUCCCCAAGGUGCCCAUUCACAGCCUCAUUCUUGAUUUUGGAGCAGUAACCUUCUUGGAUAUUGUAGCUGUGAGAUCAAUAAAAACGAUAAUCAAAGAGUUUGAGAGAAUUGAUGUGAGAGUAUACUUUGCUUCAUAUCAAGACAACCUUAUAUCUCAGCUGGAACGGAGUGCCUUCUUUGAUGACACUGUCAGAAAAGACAUGUUCUUUUUGACUGUCCAUGAUGCUGUGCUCUACAUAAGGAAUCAAAUGACAUACAGUGACAACAAAGAUCCCAUAUUUGAGAAGAUUGCACUCAUGCAGGAGUCUAAAGAACCCAUAGAGUUCACAGAAACAAGCCGGCCUGGUGAUGAACUUGAUGUUCAGGAAGAGGCUAUGCGCAGACUUGCUUCAUGAAGAUGGACUGCUGGUACUGUCCUGCCUGUGAACUCACAGCAAUAUUUACGCACCAGUACUAUAUAAACAUUUUCUGCAAUGAAACCAAUCUUUGCACUGGAAGAAAACCCUGAUUGUUUUUCUGAAUGAUACAGAUCUCUAUAACUCUCCAAAUUUUAGCUAACAUUGUCCUGGAAAUAUUCUGGACAGCAAGCACUUUCCAAUAUGAUACAUUUUAAUAAAAAAGAAAAUCAGAAGAUUAUUACAAAAGAUUUACUGAGUUUUGGGACUAGUCAAGCAGAAGAUGCACUACACUUUCAUCAUUGUGUACAGGAUGAAACACUCCUUCGUGGUCUGCCCAGGAGAGUUGAAGAGACCAAAAUCUUUGGAUGGCAAGCCUUUCGUUCAGUAUUUGUACAAUGCCUAGAGAAAGGGCAGGAGUUCUAGCUGGCCAAGGCUUGGAAUUGUAGAACAUUAGUAUGAGAAUAUGUGCUGUGUCACGAUCAUUUUUUCCAAGCAAUUCCUUAAAUUGCUGCAGGUUGUUAGAUCACUGAAACAGGUGAUAGGUGAAACAGUCACAUGAAGAGAAAACAGCACUGAACUACUAAAAAAUUUUAAAUAGGAUAAGUUUCAAAAGACGCUUGGAUAUGGGCUCAUUAGUUAUGUAUUAAUCCCAUUGUGGCAAAUCAUGCACUACUACUUAUGAUCAUUCCUAAAAUGAAGUACACGCCGAUUAUUUUGGCUAGGUUACAUAACCUUCAUCAAGAGGCAGAUCCUGACAUAAAUUAAGGAAAACCUUGGUGCCCAUGUGCUUAAUGGAAUCUGUAGAACAAGCUGCUACUGAGUGCAAGCAAGAAAGUCAGAAUGUGACCUAAUAUAGAGGUUUAUGGGGUUUUUAAAUUGAAUAUAGGAGUAUUUUUUUGUUUAAUGAAUAGUUAUAUUUUUUAUAUAGCAGAUUUUUUCUUUUAAUAUUUUACAUCAAACUGCUGCUGUUCUUUUACAUUUGAAAGUCCAUAACGCACAAGUGCAAUCAUUUACAAAAGAUAAAGGAUUUGACCUGCAAAACUUUAAUUCUUACUUUCAGACUAUAUAAAGUAGAUAUGCAGGAAAUUAAUGUUCCUAAUUUUCAUGAAGAAGAAAUGUAUUUUGAUGUAAAACAGACAGCUACCUUAAAUUUUUUAGCACUACGUUAAUUUUUUUAAAGAGAAGAAAACCCUUCAUGGUGAGGAAACCGAUAAAAACAACAGUGUAAGAAAUGCCCUGCUAUAAAAUGUCUUUAACAGUGUGGGCUAAUUAGCUUCAGUAUCUUCACAUAUUUAAGUCUCUUUAUUUGAUUACAUCAGAGAAAUUUUCAUACAUCACACUGCACAAAUAUUUCUGCUGCAGGUUAAUGUUAGUGGAAAAUCUCAGGUGUAAAGCUAAGCACUAAAUAAAUUAUUCUGUCCUAAGGACCUGAAAGAACUCCAUCAAAAUCAGUGGGGAAAAAAUCCUAUAAACUUCUGUCAGUAGGGCAGUAUCUUACAUAGUAGGUAACAGCACCAGACUGACAUCUUUAUUCUCUUAAUUAAGGCAAAAAAUUCAGCCUUCACAACAGUCAGUGAAGUUUCUCAUUUCACAUGCAAUACAGGCUUGAACUUAAGUGAUGUCCAAGCCAGCAAAACGCAGGAUUGUAUGCAUAAUGGACAUAGGCCAUUGUAUAUCAGAUGGGCAUCUCCACCAUCUAAGAAUGAGGCAAAUCAGACCAAUCAGCACCUCUUCAGAUGGUACUAAUAAUUUCUAUUUACACUAAUGCUUUUGCCCAGGCUGUGAUUUGAUAAUUCAUGCUUUUAAUGCUACCUGUCCUCCUCCUCUCCCAUUUGCCAGCUAGGUGGCACUUCUACCCGCCUUACUGACCUGAAGUCCCUUUUAGACCAUGGCCCCAGCUUCUCUAAACUUGACUACAGGGAGCUGUUGCCAGUGCACAAGGCCAGUAACAGAAGGACAAGGCCAGUGACAUGUUUCUUAGAAGCUGUAUUGCCUUUCUAAAACACAUGUACAUUUUAUGUAAAAAGCAAAAUUUUCUACCUGGGACUGGUAAGUGAGCUUUCAGUUAAUUGUCAUGCAGGACACAUACUAUGGAAAAGAUGGUAAAAAAAUGGUAGCAGUGAUUUUUUUUUUUAUCAAGGGAACAUAUGCACUGUGAAGUUUAAGUAUAGAUUCUUACUUAACAGACAUGUGGGCUUACAUUAUUUUUUGAACUUUCUCUAUUUCCUGACCGUACAGGUAUGUAAAAAGCAAUUAAAUAUUCAACAGUCUUCCAGUUCCUUUCCAAAUACAACAUUUCAGCUGUGAUUGUGAUAAAGUAUGAUGAAAUGCACUUGUCUUUGGCCUGCAUAGUUCUUCCAGGCAUGGCUGUAUCUGUUCUUAAUUUAACUGGCACAAAAUAUUCAGCUUUUUCUGAAAAACAGCAUUUCAAAUCCCUCUUUCAGUGGGUCAGGGAGUAUGUGCUUAAUUUUCUAUGUAACCAUCAAAAUGAAGGAUACCAAAAUAAUGGAUUUUGCAACAAAGCUGAAAUUCUCUACAGUUUUGUACUAAUUCAAACAUCCAUAAUACAACUAGGUGUGCUUAUCUUUUUCCAGCUGGAUGAAGAAGCGGUAUUUUUGUAUGCAUUUUGAGUAUUACUGUUCUGUCUUUGCAUAUCAGGUAUUAAAUCUGGAGAUGUAUUUUUAAGUUUCUUUACCCUUUUAAAAAGCUGCAUUUGAAAAAGUAAUUGUAUCCAUUAACUAGAAAAUAAAGUUGUGCACACUGUAAA